AUGGCCGCAGCUGGGCCCACCAUGCUACUACGAGAAGAGAAUGGCUGUUGUAGCCGGCGUCAAAGCAGCUCCAGUGCUGGGGACUUGGAUGGGGAGCGCGAUGACUCGCCUGCUGCGCGCGCUCGGCAGCAGCUUGAAGCGUUGCUUAACAAGACAAUGCGCAUUCGCAUGACAGACGGGCGGACACUGGUCGGCUGUUUCCUCUGUACCGACCGGGACUGCAAUGUCAUCCUAGGCUCGGCCCAGGAGUUCCUCAAGCCAUCGGAUUCCUUUUCUGCGGGGGAACCCCGUGUGCUGGGUCUGGCAAUGGUUCCCGGACAUCACAUCGUUUCUAUUGAAGUGCAAAAAGAGAGCCUGGCGGGGCCCCCUUAUCUCUGA